GUGACACCUCGACAACCGCAUUGAGCGACCCGAAUGGUUCUCGCUAGUUUCGCAUAGAUAAACCGAGCUCAAUAACUGUGAUUAAAUCUUGGACUUGCAAAACACAAAACCUGGACUUUCCAGGUCUCGAUGGCGACCACAACAACCCUACCCCGUAUAACCCCCCGGGGGACCCCUGUCUCCACCCCACCCCCCACCCCACUACCGCGGUCCUUCUCCGCCCAGUCCCACUAUGGGCCCUACCCACCCCGCCACCUCACCAGCACGUUCGACUAUGUGGAAUUCCCAAAACGCAUCAACCCUCUGUCCCCACCGCCACCGAAGCGUCGCAUCAACUCUAGCUGGGAGACGACGGCCCAGCAUCACCAGAAUGACAAACGGAGGACGUUUAUGCAGGCCCGUGAACAUGAGCGGUACCACUCCGCGUGGAGCAGGCCGUUCUAUGGAGAGCCGGCGGAGAAGGAAGUAUACAGGAAACAUUUCCGUGAAGUGUUGAAGCAGCAAAUGUUGGACCAGGACACUGUGAAGAAACAGACAUUGGUAGAUAAAGUCCGAGAGAGCGAGGCCGCUGUGCAGUACGACCGUCAGUGCCAAGAACAAGACAUGGAUAAAUUCUCGAAGAAAUUCUGCUACCUCAAGACCUUCCGAGACGCAAACAAAGAUUUAAUGGAGGACAGAUGGAGAUCGUCAAGAUUCACCCGGCAUAUGGAAAAUCGAUACGAUCGGGAAGUGAUGCGUUACAACCCUAUAAAUUGGAGUGGCACUCUAAAAUGAGUCGUCAAACUUGUUAUCUGGAAGCUCAUUGGACAUUGAACAUGAAUUUGGAUUGGAUGAAGUGACAUCUGACUUUUAUUCUGAUGUUAUUUUGACAUUAUUGUGUUAGGGACACUAUUCCCAAGACAAUGUGAUAUGUAGAAGUUCACUUAGCUUUGAACUGACGGUUCUGACAUUUUGUUUUUCUGCAGCUGUGCCUGGUGUGUAAAUUAUUGGACUGACAUUGUUUCAGUUUUGAAGUUUAUUAUUUUUCAUCAGUAUUGCAUGAGAUAUGUCUAACAAAUGUAUUAAAUUACAAUCCCAUAAUAUCUUAAGAGGUUUCAUCAUCCAGAGAACAGGUGGAUCCAGA